AUGUCCUCGAGUGUUCCUGGACCUGAAUUCUCCACUACGCCUGGACCGAAGUCUCUUGCUAUAUCUUCCGCUGGUUUAACCAGUUCAGAAGAAUCCGAAUUAGCUUCGCCCUCUACUUCUUCUGCACGUAACUCCAAGUCGUCCUCUACGACGACGAGGAACAAAGACCCAAUGGCAGCGGUGGUCGCUCUACCUACAGGAGCAGUCAACAACAGGAAAUACCGGCCAACGCCAGCAAAAACUUUCCAAUGCAGGGGCUACGGAGAAUGCAGGAUGGUUUUUUCUAGGAGUGAACAUUUGGCAAGACAUAUCAGAAAACAUACUGGGGAACGCCCCUUUAAUUGCCACUGUGGUAAACAGUUCUCUCGCUUGGACAACCUCCGCCAGCACGCUCAGACCGUUCAUGCUGAUAAGCAAGACCAGAACGAGCGUAUGAUGCGCGAUCUCACCUCUCUUCAUGCCUCCAUGGCUGCUGCCAACAAAGCCACCGCUCGUGGACGUCGACAAAGCACACAGAUCAAACAUGAAGACAGCGGUGUUGGUGGCUUAGGUCGACCAGGUACUGCUACCGGUUACGAAGGCUGGGAUCAAGGUCAAGAUGUGGACAUGGACUCUCCUACUACUCAUACUCAAUCGCCUAAUUCGGCUGGCUCGACUCAGUCCUUUCUUGACUCCCACCAGCAGUCCUUUCAGUCCUUUCGUUCCCAACCCAGCCAGUCCUUUCGUGCCUCUGAGCUCACCAGCCUUAACUCUCUCUCCAACCACAACCUCUCAAACGCCGCCGGUUCUUCAACCGGCGGCGAGCAAUUUCGGCCUACCAGCCAGUCCUUUCGAGGCCGGGAGCACCACCACACGCCUCUCACCUCACAGUCCCAAUCAUUCACCUCCUCUCGGUCAAACCUCGAGCAAUCCCAGUUCCAGUUCAACCUCCCCACCUCUCCGGUCUUCCCUCAGAAGAGCUCAUCCUCCCGCCCAUCUACAUCUAACACACAGCUCCCACCACUCUCAUCAGUCCUCCCCGCAUCACUCGCCGCUUUACCUCCCACGCCAGUCUCUAGGUCCAACUCAAGACCUUCUACCGGUACGAAACCGGAAUACCUCCAUGGUCUUGGACCCGCUUUCCCCCCACCACCAGGGAGUUCUUCAGGCGUCUCCACCUCCGUUGUCGGCGGCCUCAAUGGGCCAGCAACAGAAGGCGGAAGGCUACUUCAAUUUCCCCUCCCCUCCCCUCCCCUCCCACAUGGGUCAAGCAAUGCAAGAGUACCUAGGGCUCCUUCCACCGGUUUCGGGUUCAGCGUCGGCCAUGGGGGGUCAGGGGGCUAUCGACCAGGAACGGCACCUUCAUCGUUCCAUUUCGCCUACAGAACUCUUACCGGGGGCGGGAAUGGCGGCGCAUCAUCAGCACCAGCACCAGCACCAACAGAACCAAUGGGCGGAGAGGGAGAUUCACCGUUCUCGUUCAACCCUCCCAGUGCCAAUGAACUCUCGAGGAAACGUAAGUUCAAUGAUGAAGACGAUGACGAACGGGAUCGACCUCAGUCCAGACGACUUACGGUUAUGGAGCUCUGUGGAGACUCCGUCAGUCCCACAUCCGCGAGCAGACCCACCACGACGAGUGGAAUCGUCCGAGGGGCUGCGGGACUCUACAUUGGUCUACCGGGCGAUGAUGAGGAGACAACAGGAGGAGCAGAUGAGGAGAGUCGCGAGCGCUCAAGUGUCAGGCCAAAAUUGGGCGGAACAGGCCGCGUACUUUCAGCAACAACAACAACCACAACGCCGAAGUCCACUGGGUCAUCACCACUCACGCCACACGCACACGCACACACGUACACACACGGGUUCCCAACAAACGCCAACACCAACUUCAGCAGCGCAACAACACCAUUCACAUUCGGCACACAACUCGCCCAUACAUACACAGUUUCCUCAGCAUCGUCAUCAGUCGGUGCCACUCGUGGGACCGGGGGUGGACCAAACGUACGAUUUAAUGAGGAGCAGCAGUAUGGGAGGGUAUCAAGAAGCCCAUCCUCACCCACCAGCGACAUUUCAUCACCAAGGUCACCCAUCUUAUCGUCAUCACCCGUUUUUAGGUGA